UUUCGAUACCCUCCCGAAUCUCAAAGUUAGUAUUUAUAUGUCUUCCUAAUAACCAGUUAACUACUACACUAUCUUGUGCAACACCAAUACACCAUAUAAACUUGUAAUCAACUGUAACCUCACAAAUUAUACCAGAAAAUGGCUCAAGCAAUGGCAUCGAACCAUGUUAUCGAAAAAUACGGACCAUAUGGUUCUCAAUGUGCAACAAACUGGUGCAUGAUGCUUGAUGAAUGUGAUAGCAUCAGAGAAGUGAUAAUAAGGCACGCAAAUAUUGUUGAUGGAAUUGGAUUCGUCAUAGUUGAUGCAAGUGGGUGUAACACCACUAAGUCAGUUGGUGGCCAAGGUGGAAAAUGUUCCAGGAUUGUACUCAAGCAUAACGAGUACAUAAUCCAAGUAAGCGGGACACAUGGAGAGCACAAGGGUAGUGGCUAUGAACGUCGAAUCACCUCGUUGAGGAUUCACACCAACUUAUGCCCAGGAGGAUAUGGACCUUAUGGGUUGGCAAAGAAUGUGCAACAUGUUUGUAGCUUUUCAACUCCACUAGCAUCAUGUGAUCCUAUUGUUGGAUUUUUUGGAAGGCAAGGAAAGUUUCUUGAUUCCAUUGGAAUUUACAUGAAGAAAAGGUUUCCGGAAAUCUCACCUUAUUAAGAUGUUGAAGAAGAUUGAAGCUGGUCAAAUUCAGCUAGCUAUAUGGGAGCGUUCAUGUGUGUUAAUGGCUUAAUGCUGAUCAGUGUGCCUUAAUAUAUAGUGUUAUCGCUUUCUCUUUUACAUGUGUGUAUUCUACCAAUAAGCCAAUAUGCGAGUGGCCUCUUAUGUGUGAUUUACGUAAUCAUAAACUUAAGUGAAUGUAUGUUAUUUAUGGUUUGUCUUUGUGAAAGUAGCUACUUUUCUUUCUUA